AUGUCAUCAAGGUUAGUCAAGGAAUACAAACUGAUUUUCAAAACCUUGAGCCAAGAUCCUACGUAUUCGCAUAUUUUAUCGCUUAGUCCCAGCUCAGACGAGAACCUACGCCAAUGGGAAUCGGUAAUUAGUGGACCGCCCGAAACCGCCUAUUAUGGGCACAAUUUUAUUCUUUUAUUUGAAGUGCCAUCCAAUUAUCCAUUGGAACCACCUAAAGUCCAAUUCCAGGCCAACGCAGUACCCCACUGCAACGUGGAUUAUGAUUCUGGCCGAAUUUGUUUGAAUAUACUGGAGGAUGCACACUGGACCCCGGCUUGGGAUUUAUUACACUGCGUGCAUGCAAUUUGGCUUCUGCUCGCCAACCCAGAGCCAGAUUCGCCACUGGACGUUGACUUGGCGUGUUUGAUUCGCGCAAAGGAUUUUUCAGCUCACAAUACGCUCGUGGCUUACUACCUGAACGGCGGAUCACGAGGCUCUAAAUAG